AAUAAACAAGAAAACAAAAGGAACCCAAAUGGGAGUUUCCUUUUCAGUUUUCUAAAUAACGCAUGCAAAAUGGUUAAAGUGGCAGUAAAAGUGAUGGUCCAAAAUGUGGUCUCUGGAACUUUUUUUUGUUUUUGUACAAAAGUGUUUUGUAACGGACGCAAGAUGAAACGUUGAUGCCGUGAAUCACAAAGUAAAGAAGAAGGAAGAGACUUUGGAAUGGAGCCGGUGAGAUAGUAUGAUUGAUGAUUCUAAUUUGCCAUUUGUACAGAAAGGGAGGGGUCCAUGUUCUGAUCACGUGGUACUGUCUAUCAACAGGAUACUGUAAUCAGUCUACAACAUUGCACGAUUCCUUUUCAAUAUCUAUCUAUUUCUCCCUAUUUACCUUUUCUCCAUCACCAGAUUUCUGAAAAUGGAUUUGCUCUGUUUUUGUGUUAACUUCAAGGCCCCCUUUUGAGUGUUCCAGUCAUCUUUGACGUUUAAAGCUCAAAUCCUAUAGUGGAAAGUAUGCACUGGACCCAUUCUCCAUACCCAGAAAAGAUCACUUUUUCUAAUGAAGCUUAACCCUUUUGGUCUAUAUUAGUUUAUCAAUCUUUCUGAAGCUUCUUUUUGGCCUACAUUCUGAUUUUUCAUAUGCGUUCUAUCCUCCUCACAGAUUGGCUGGUGGAAUGUUGGGCUUAUCGGAAGCUCCUUAAAUAUUGCACACCCAUUCACAAAAACCUUUUGAUAUAUCCAAUAUUUUAUUGCUGUGCUGUAAAAGUAUAAGGAAUAUACUAGUAUUAUUUGUGUAGUAGAUUAGGGGAGAGAAAUCCCGGAAGGUCAGUGGUAGGAUUGACUCAUUUGAGGACGAAAUGGUAUGUGGGUUUUUGUUUAAUAAAUUUUUUUUUUAGGUCCUGAAAAAUACCUCCUUUAUUCCCGUGGGAUCAUCUUGGUGUGUUUGUUUUCUUGAUAAGCUCCACCUGCUGUGAUUGAUUUGAAAAUGAGGUUGUCGUUAAAUCAUGUGAUUGUGUCCUUAUUUGCAAACAAUGUACAUUCCUCUCUUACCUGUCGUAAUUUGGUUUCUUUUCUUCCUUCAAGCAUUUUUGCUGCUGUCUUUCGUUCUGAUAGGGUUGUUCAACUGUUGAUGCUCAUAGUUUCCUCUUUCCUGCCUUUCUCACUUUUAACUUACGUCUGGGUUUUCUUACUUUGUUUGCUUCCCUUAAUUAAAAGGGCCACACUGAGAAAGUUCUCUCUUUAAUUUCUUGCUGAAUAGAGAAGGAAAAGAAAAUGCUGAACAUGAAUCAUCCCGAGUGCUAUCCUUUAAGUGAGGAUCUACUUCAAUCUUUUCAAUCUCAAUCAGUUUGCAAAAUAUUUUGGAUUGAAGAAUCCGGAUGGAUCUUGAACAAGGGAAGUUUGGGAGCACCCUUAAGAAAAAUUGUUGGAGGAAUACGCUACUGUUAGCCUAUCAAAGUCUUGGAGUAGUUUAUGGCGACCUGGGCAUUUCCCCUCUUUAUGUGUACAGGAGUUCUUUUGCCGAAGAUAUUCAGCAUUCAGAGACCAAUGAAGAAAUACUGGGCGUUCUUUCUUUUGUCUUCUGGACUUUGACUCUGGUUCCUUUAUUCAAGUAUGUUUUUAUAGUUCUUCGAGCUGAUGACAAUGGAGAGGGUGGGACUUUUGCUCUGUAUUCUCUAAUUUGCAGACAUGCGAAAGUAAGCCUUAUUCCCAAUCGCCAAGUUGCUGAUGAAGCUCUGUCUACAUAUAAGCUCGAGCAUUCUCCUCAAAGAACCAACAGCUCCAAGGUGAAAACUUUUCUUGAGAAGCACAAACCGUUGCACACUGCGCUACUCAUCCUGGUACUCCUAGGCACUUGCAUGGUAAUUGGAGAUGGGCUGCUGACUCCAGCUAUAUCUGUUUUCUCAGCUGUGUCUGGUCUGGAGCUAUCCCUGUCUAAAGAUCGGCAUCAGUAUGCGGUGAUUCCAAUCACUUGCUUCAUUCUAGUAUGCCUAUUUGCAUUGCAGCACUAUGGCACACAUCGGCUAGGUUUCUGUUUUGCGCCAAUCGUCCUCGUUUGGUUAUUGUGCCUUAGUGUCCUCGGCUUAUACAAUAUCCUUCACUGGAAUCCUAAAAUUUAUGAAGCUCUUUCUCCGUAUUACAUGUUCAAGUUUUUGAAGAAGACAAAGAAAAGAGGAUGGAUGUCUUUGGGUGGAAUUCUCUUAUGCAUUACAGGGUCAGAAGCAAUGUUUGCAGAUCUUGGUCAUUUCUCUUAUACUGCAAUUCAGAUUGCAUUCACCUUUAUGGUGUAUCCAGCACUCAUAUUGGCUUAUAUGGGUCAAGCAGCUUACUUAUCAAAGCAUCAUCACACCAUUCACCAGAUUAGUUUCUAUGUGUCCGUACCAGAGAAAGUAAGAUACCCUGUAAUGAUUCUUGCAAUCCUUGCUUCGGUUGUUGGAAGCCAGGCAAUCAUCAGUGGAACAUUCUCAAUAAUAAACCAGAGCCAAUCACUUGGUUGCUUCCCCAGAGUUAAGGUGGUUCAUACCUCUGACAAGAUACAUGGGCAAAUUUACAUCCCAGAGAUCAAUUGGACACUUAUGAUCCUCUGUAUUGCUGUCACAAUUGGAUUCAGAGACGUUAAACACAUUGGAAAUGCAUCUGGAUUAGCAGUCAUGGCAGUAAUGCUGGUUACAACUUGCCUCACGUCAUUGGUGAUCAUACUCUGUUGGAACAAACCACCAAUACUAGCCCUAUGUUUCCUUCUUUUCUUUGGGUCCAUUGAACUGCUAUACUUCUCAGCCUCCCUGAUCAAGUUUCUUGAAGGUGCCUGGCUACCAAUCCUCCUUGCACUUUUCCUGGUUACCGUCAUGUUUGUUUGGCACUAUGCUACAGUCAAGAAAUAUGAAUAUGAUCUCCACAACAAGGUCUCGCUGGAAUGGUUACUAGCCUUGGGUCCAAGUUUGGGCAUUGCCCGAGUCCCUGGGAUUGGUCUGGUCUUCACUGAUCUAACUUCGGGCAUUCCUGCCAACUUUUCACGCUUUGUUACCAACCUUCCAGCCUUCCAUCGUGUUAUCGUGUUUGUGUGUGUAAAAUCAGUACCUGUCCCUUUUGUAACUCCAGCAGAGCGAUAUCUUAUUGGACGUGUUGGUCCUCCAGCUCACAGAUCAUAUCGGUGCAUAGUACGUUAUGGUUACCGCGAUGUUCACCAGGAUGUAGACUCUUUUGAAUCUGAACUAGUCCGCAAGCUGGCUGAUUUCAUCCGAUAUGACUGGUACAGAACACAUGGGAUGAUUGAUACAAACAGGGAGGAUGACGGCAAAGUAUCUGGUGCAUCAUCGAAUGAGUGCAAGUUGACAGUAAUAGGGACUAUGCCUUUCUCAGCUGUGCCCGCCUUUGAGAUGGAAGACAAUUUACAACCGGCUAGUGUUUCUGUUGGUUUCACAACAGUAGAAAGUAUGGAAGAUGUUAUAGAAUCGGAACCACGGGGUGUAAUGGAAAGAAGAGUCAGGUUUGCCAUUGAUCAUGACUCAGAAGCUGAUCCCAAGCCUGAAAUUGAUACCCAACUUCAAGAAGAGCUGGAAGAUUUAUAUGGAGCCGAACAAGCCGGAACAGCAUUCAUCCUGGGGCACACACACGUGAAAGCGAAGCAAGGAUCAUCUCUGUUUAAGAGGCUUGCCAUUAAUGUCGGUUAUAAUUUCCUAAGGAGAAACUGCCGGGGACCGGAUGUGGCGUUGAAGGUGCCUCCAGCAUCCCUUUUGGAGGUUGGCAUGGUUUAUGUGGUGUAAAAAGCAGCAACGUCAGUGUAAUAAGUAGAACUAGUUGCGCUGCUGCUGAUCUUCCUGUGAACUUUUACUGCUGACCAAAGCAGCAAUUGUAGAGAAAGGAAAGAUAAAAUCCUUAUUAUCUCCUUUAGGCUCUCUUUUUUUUGUAGUGGAAAUGCACAUUAUGUAGAAAACAGAUGGGAAGUGCAAAUAGAUUACUGUUUUCAGUACACUUCCUCCUUUUAGCCCCUGAAAUCAAUUAUCAAUAGAAAGAGUUUGAUUUUCACUUUUUCCAGUUUGGCCCAAAUUAACUGUACAUAGCCAUUAGUACCUGAUAAUUUUUAUUAGACUAAUAACCUUAAAAUAACUCCGACACUUAUUUUUUAUUUUACUUUUUCCAAUUGAUUUAUUUAUGAGUUUGGUAAAGGUUGAAUGGAGCCCACAAUGGAAUUGUGGGCUUUCCAAAAAUUGACGGGCGAGCCCAAACCAAAGUAGGGCAGGCUCACUCGCCUAGUCUACUGUUGUGUUCGUUACGUGGGUGUUGGCACGACACGCCAUCACUUAGCGUUCAUUAGCGGGUCGAUCAGCACCCCCGACA